AAGACGGCCCAUUAUUCAAUCGAUCUUCUCUUCCACUUCACGAAACCUUUGAUCUCCGAAACAAAGGAAAGAGAAAAGACAGAGAGAAUUUGGGAAAUCUUGAGCGUUGUGUCUUGGCGCUAAUUGUUGCUCAGUUUUAGCUCAUAAACAAUGGAAAUCAGUAAAGGCACAGAAGCGCAGAAGUAUGUUUGGGAAGGAGCAAUUCCACUACAGAUUCAUCUUCACGAAUCCGAAGUCACCACUCUCCCUCUUCCUCCCCCUGCUCUCAUUCUAGCUCCUCGAAUAGGGUAUCUGCCUCUAUUAGCCCCACAAGUUAAACCUUUCUUCAGUGGUACACUUCCCCCGGGUGUGGACACUGUUUGGUUUGAGUACAAAGGACUUCCUCUGAAAUGGUAUAUACCUAUUGGGGUACUCUUUGAUCUUCUCUGCGCAGAACCAGAAAGACCAUGGAAUCUAACGGUACAUUUUAGAGGAUACCCUGGAAAUAUUUUAACCCCAUGUGAAGCUGAAGAUAGCGUGAAAUGGAGUUUUAUCAAUUCUUUAAAAGAGGCAGCAUACAUAAUCAAUGGGAACUGCAAAAACAUCAUGAAUAUGUCUCAAUCUGAUCAAUCAGAACUUUGGCGCUCUGUUGUAAACCGUAAUUUGGAAGCUUAUCUCCGAGUUUCUUCUAAGCUUAAGCUGGGUAUAUAUGGAGAUGAUUUUUCAAUAAAGUUGGAUUCUUCCAAGUCUCGACAGAGCAGUAGUGAUGGAGAUGCUCCUGGAGCAGUAAAAACAGGUAGAAUUCCAGUUCGGUUGUAUGUUCGGAGCUCUACUGUGGAUUUUGAUUAUGUAGAAGAUGCACCUGUGGUUGAAAGUUGGGACAAGAUCUCUUACAUUAACCGACCCAUUGAAAUUCACGAAGAUGGCAAAUUAUUCACCUUGGGCGAUGCAGUAAAAUCACUCCUACCCGAGUGUUUUGUGGAUAAUUCUCCUACCCGUAGAGCAGAAGAAGGGGAUGAGAAAAGAUCAGCUUCAGAAGAGACGAACACCACAAGUGGGCAGGAAAAGGGAGAAGCAUCGAACGAGCCUGUGGAGGCAUGCUCCUUAUCAGAUGGUGCAGAAAUCAAAGUUGUUCGCAUCCAGGGAAUCGAACCCAAGCUGGAAAUCCCUUUUGCUUGGGUGGUGAAGAAUUUGAUGAACCCAGAAUACUUUCUUCAUAUUUGUGUAUACAUCAAAACUUCAGAACCAAUUGCCAUAUAGUGGAUAGUUUCUUACCUCAUGUGUAGCAUUCACACGAUUUCCAAUAUUCUUUAAGUUCAAUUGCUGUAUAGAAUACUACAAGGUGUACAGGAUAGAGUGCCCAACAUUGUUCUUUAAUUGUUAAUGUUAUCAUAUGGUUACUUUCUACA